UCUCUCUCUCUCAUAAAGUGGAGCCUUUGGCUUCAACUCAACUCUGCGCUCUUUCCACCGUGUUCUGUUCUCGGGGAGGAGGAGGAGAAGAGUCGAGAUUGGACGAUGUGCGGCGGAGCGAUCAUCUCCGACUUCAUCCCCACCGCGCGGCUGGUCACCUCCGACUACCUGUGGCCGGAGCUGAAGAAAAGGGGAGCCAGUGGCGCAAGGAGGAAGAAGAUUGGAUGCCGCCGGGCCGCUGCGGCGGAGGUCACCGAGGACGACUUCGAGGCUGACUUCCAGGAUUUCGAAGGCGAGGCGAUGGAGUUCGGGGCGGACGACGAGGUGCAGAUGGUCGAAGCCAAACCCUUCGCUUUCACCUCGAAAGUAGAUGGAACACUUGGUCACAAAGAUGUCGAAUUGAAUGGACCUGCAGUUAGGUCUGCAAAGAGGAGCAGAAAGAAUCAAUACCGGGGAAUCCGGCAACGUCCUUGGGGCAAAUGGGCAGCUGAAAUUAGAGAUCCCCGAAAGGGUGUUCGCGUCUGGCUCGGGACCUACAACACUGCUGAAGAAGCUGCACGAGCAUACGAUACAGAGGCCCGUCGGAUCCGUGGCAAAAAAGCCAAGGUGAACUUCCCUGAGGAGGCACCACCAAAUGUUCAAAGCUUCUUGCCGAGUUCAAAUGCCCCCAAACUCUCCAAACUGAACCCUUCCGAGAAGCUCAAUUUUAACCAGAAUACGAACUACUUGGAAGGAGCAGAUCAGGAUAUGUCUGCCCUUUUUGACUUUAUCGACGAUAAGGAACCUAUCAAGCAAUCCAUGAAUUUGAACUCCUUCGUGGAGAAGAAGCGAAAAUCUCCUGUUGAUGAUUGUGCAAAUAAGUUUUACUCCGAUGGAAGAUGCAGCUCGAUUGAUUGUUCUGAAUAUGGUUGCGAAAGUGAGGGGAAGACACCCGAGAUCACAUCAAUUAUUGCUGCAUCGAGUGCUGGAAGUGUAGGUGGUGUUUCAGUGAAGAAACUUAUUGGCAACGCUGAGAGUUUGUCUGAGGAAUUGUCUGUUUUUGAGUCGUACAUGAACUUUCUGCAAGAACCAUUUCUGGAGGGAAGCCCAGAUGUGUCGGCGGAGGACCUUCUCGUUAGCGAUAUGGCUCAAGAGGUGAACGAUGAGGGCCUGUGGAGCUUUGCCGACUUUCUUCCAAUGGCAGUGAAUGGUUACUGAGGGAUCUCAUUCCAGCAAUGGUGUUUUGUAAAUAGAAUCGGUGCGCUAGAAGCACGGUGAAGAAGACAUAUCAGCUAUGAUUGUGAGAGGAACUUCUCUUUAUGCUGUCAUUUUCUAUGUUAUAUAUAUCGUUGUGGUAUUGUCUUGUGUGUUUCUCUAUUUUAAGUACUGAAUUCGCUUGUCGUAGUGAGCUGCUAUGUUUAUUGAUAAAUAAUGCACACUCGUUGCUCUUAACUAGUCAAAUUGGUAGUCUCUGAACUCAUUGUAAGCUAUCAUACUUUCUAUAUGCGACUUCUUCAAGUGGCAUCUAUAUGAUAUACUCAAGAGGUUUUCGCUUCUCA